UCUGCGCGAAGUCAGCGGUGUCUGCCCAAGCGUAUACUGGCAGGCUAGCCAGAUGAAUUGCUAGUAAAUAAUAACAACAGGGCGUCGCAAGCAGCUGCCUGAGCUAACAGAGAUAACAGAGGGAAAGAGAAGGAGCCCUUGUGCUCAGAUGGAGCGGCUUUUGAAUGCUUUAAAGUGUGACUAAAAUCUAUGUGGGUGGCAAGAAAUGAAUAAACCCAAAAUGGCUACAGAGAAAGGUAUUCCCAGUAGUUCCCGGGUGCUGAUGUUGCUGGGGCAGCUGGAGAGGUUAAAUGGAGAGGCUGUGGUCACAGACAUCGAGGCCAUCAGACAGGUUACCGGCAAAAUCCUGCACCUUAUCCAGACUCAAGAGAAGACCCGUAAAGAGAUCAUGACCAAAGGUUCCAGUGGGAUGGAGGUCAUUCUCACUUCUCUAGAGAACACGCGGGACUUGCAGACAAUUCUGAACAUCCUGUGUAUUCUGAAUGAGUUGCUGACAGUGGGCGGAGGUCGCAGGGUUGGCGUCUUCGUAUCUAAAGGAGGAACAGCCAUCGUCCUGCAGCUACUUGUCCAAUCUGGAAAAGAAGCUUCUCCCAGUGAAGAGCUCAUGCUCCAUUUACAUUCUCUACUGGCCAAAGUUGGACCUAAAGACAGGAAGUUUGGAAUUAAAGCACGUCUGAACGGGGCUCUGAAUGUGACGGUGAAUCUACUAAAACAGAACCUGCAGAACCACAAACUCCUGCUGCCAUGUUUACAGGUUCUCCGAGUCUACUCCAGCAACUCGGUGAAUGCUGUAUCCCUGGGGAAGAGUGGAGUUGUGGAGCUGAUGUUUAAAGUCAUUGGACCAUACAGCAAAAAAAACACCACUCUGCUGAAGGUGGCGCUUGAUACGUUGGCAGCAUUGCUGAAAUCAAAGAUGAAUGCCCGUCGAGCAGUGGAUAGGGCACAUGUGCCUGCUCUGCUGGCCAUAUAUCAGGACUGGCACCGCAAUGACACCCGCCACAGACACAUGCUGAUUCGCAAGAGCAUUCUAGGAUGCAUCAAAAACAUCACCAACAUUAAGCUGGGCAGGAAGGCCUUCAUUGAUGCAGAUGGAAUGAGAAUUCUCUAUAACACCUCAGCUGAGUGUUUGCCUGUUCGGACCCUGGAUCCUUUAGUAAACACUUCCAGCUUGAUCAUGAGAAAAUGCUUCCCAAAGAAUCGCCUGCCUCUGCCCACCAUUAAGAGUGUAUUUCACCAUCCACUACAGCAUGUUCCAGCCAGCGGACCAGUCGCUCAGCUCUACAGCCAGCCACCAGGGGUGGAUGACGUUGUGGAUGAGAGUGACGACAAUGAAGAUACGGAGGUCGACACAGAAAAUGAUACAGAGAAUGAAGAGGAUGAGAAGGACCCUAGGGCUCAGAAUGACGACAUCGAGACUGAUAUCAACAAACUACGAUCCAGGCAGGUUCUCACACGCCCAUUUGAGGAACUGAGAGUUUAUGAGCGCUUUUUUCGGGAGUUCUCUGAGGAUUUUCAGGACUGUGAAUUCGAGAGCGGUAAAUCUACAUCCCCCUCUGCUUCCGAUGCCUCAAAGCCCCUGCGGUCGAUCAUCAUACCCACAGCUCACUCCACACCCAGACCUUUGACUGACCCCAGAAACAAGCCCCCAAGGCCGGACAAAGGGGAGCCCCCCCGGCUCAAAGACACUCCAGUGGACCUGGACAGCAUCUCCAUCUCCAAAGCUCCGGAGAGCAAGCUAGAGCUUGAGCUCGUGCAGGGCCUCAGCCAGCUGCUGCUGGACGCCUCGCAGUCAGUGAAUGGAGGCUGCGGUGGGGAGGGGCCUCAGGAGGAGAGCGGGGAGCAGGCGGUGCUGGAGGUGCCCGAUACAGCUGCCCUUCUGCCUCUGCAUGACCCUGACCUGUACCUGGUAAUGGUGAAGGGGACAUGCUCUGUGCCCGGCUACACAGAAGUGGCCUACCCGGAUUAUUUCGGUCACGUGGCGCCCAACUUUCGGGAGCAUAUUCUAGAGAGAGUUUAUGGGGUGCAGAGGUCAAAAAUCUUCCAGGACAUUGAAAGACUCAUUCACCCCACUGAUAUCCUGGACAAAGUUGUGUAUGACCUUGAUUUGCAGAGUUGCCCAGUCAUUGAUGACGGAGAGUGUCUGAAGUUCAACUCGCAGUUUGAAUCUGGGAACUUGCGGAAAGCAAUUCAAGUCAGAAAGUUUGAGUAUGACUUGGUGCUGAACUCAGACAUUAACAGUAAUCACUACCACCAGUGGUUCUACUUUGAGGUGAGCAGCAUGCGUGUGGGAGUGCCCUAUCGUUUCAACAUCAUCAACUGUGAAAAAUCCAACAGCCAGUUCAACUAUGGCAUGCAGGUGCUGAUGUACUCUGUGCAGGACGCCAUCAGUGGCAGCCCUCGCUGGGUUCGUACUGGAUCUGAUAUCUGCUACUACAAGAACCAUUUCUCGCGGAGCUCCAUUGCUGCUGGGGGCCAAAAGGGCAAAUCCUACUACACAAUGACCUUUACUGUGACCUUUCAGCACAAGGACGAUGUCUGUUACUUUGCCUACCAUUAUCCAUACACCUACUCUACCCUGAAGAUGCACCUGCAGAAGCUGCGCGCUCUGCGCACUCCUCAGAUCUACUACAGGCAAGAGCAGCUGUGUGAGACGCUGGGAGGAAACUGCUGCCCUCUACUGACCAUUACCGCCAUGCCGGAGUCCACCGGCAAUGACCACAUCUGCCAGUUCAGGAAUCGCCCAGUCGUGUUCCUGACAGCCCGAGUUCACCCAGGAGAGACCAACGCCAGCUGGGUGAUGAAGGGCACUCUGGAGUUCCUCAUGAGCUCCAGUCCUCUGGCACAGAGCCUGAGGGAGAGCUACAUCUUCAAAAUCAUCCCCAUGCUCAACCCAGAUGGAGUCAUCAACGGCAAUCACAGAUGUUCUUUGAGUGGUGAGGAUUUGAACAGACAGUGGUUGACCCCCAGUGCAGAGCUGCACCCCACCAUCUACCACACCAAGAGUCUGCUGCAGUACCUCACUGCUAUAGGAAGAACUCCACUGGUAUUCUGUGACUACCAUGGACACUCACGCAAGAAGAACGUGUUCAUGUACGGCUGCAGCAUAAAAGAGACAGUGUGGCAGACCAAUGUCAGCGCAAGCUCCUCUGACCUGCAGGAGGACCUGGGCUACAGGACCCUGCCAAAGUUGCUGUCUCAGUUGGCCCCUGCCUUCAGCCUGUCCAGCUGCAGCUUUGUGGUGGAACGCUCCAAAGAGUCCACAGCCCGUGUAGUGGUCUGGAGGGAGAUCGGCGUCCAGCGCAGCUACACCAUGGAAAGCACGCUGUGCGGUUGUGACCAGGGCAAAUACAAGGGUCUCCAGAUUGGGACGAGGGAGCUGGAGGAGAUGGGAUCUCAGUUCUGUGUAGCUCUGCUCAGGCUGAGGCGCCUCACCUCCCCCCUGGAACUCCGCAACCACCACACGCACCUGCUGGACAUGGAGAGUGACCUGAUAGAGACACGCUGCAAUAUCACCUGUCCCACCACUUACGUGAUGGAGGAAGAUGAGCCUGCAUUUCUAGAGGAGGUGGACUACAGUGCCGAGAGCGAUGAAGAGAAUGACCCGGACGCGGAUCAUGCCCACCUCGACCCUAGCUCUGACCCAGAGUUCACCCACCAAGACUCUCUGACCUGAGCUGUAGUAACACAUACCAAAUUCAGCUUUGCUACACAGCCCUGCCUACACUAUACCAAACCUUUCCACAGGUGAACUGAGCCAGAAUCGGUUCUGACACUAAGAUAUUAAAAUUCUGUCUUACUCUAAAUAGCCUCAUUUUAAACACAUACCUAAAUCCUACUGCACAACAGCAACCUGAUACACUUGCUCUUGAACAGAACCAAAUUAGGUACAAUUGACAAUAUGUAGCUUUAACAAAAUAGACUAAUGGUAUAAGGUGAAGUUCAUAGUAUUAAAUCACCAGUCACCCGCAAAACAUGCAAACCUCAUAUUGUUUGUGAUUCUCCAGCUAAAAGUAUAUACAGAUAUAACCUAACUGUAGCUGUUGAUUAACUAAAUGUUAAUAUUGCUGAACACUUGAAGAAAAAUCAGGUUUUCACAGUUUACCCCGAAUGAAGAUGCUUAACUUCAUUUAUAUAGUUUUGCACUGGAGUUAGACGGCUUAUGUUGCUUAGGAGUACUGGAAUCUUAAACUCCUUUCAGACUCAGCCUAUGUUAUAGUGUCAGAAACCACAUGAACAGUUCUAUCUGGGGAUUUCCACUGAUUUUUCACUUUUUCUGCAUAAUUCAUUUAAUGUAAACAAAGACUUUCAGAGUAGUUGGAUGUG